GUGGAAAGCAAGUGCCAUGAUUCAUUUUUUACAACGAAGAGAACUUUCGCGCUCGAGCAAAUUUGUAACAACAUACAACUCGUACUAUCUUGCAGACACCACUCAGGAUAUUCAACAUUGACCCUCUCAGGAAACAAAAUGGUGGGGUUUGUGCAACAGACUCGCGUCUUCCUCUUCGGCUUGGCCGUUGCAUCCUGUGUUGAUGGAGCUGCAGUGGAGACGUACAAGAAGCAGGUGAAGGAGUACAACCAGGUGUGGGAAAAAACCCUCCGUCUGCAAUGGGCUCCGGAACCUGAUAAACACCAGGUGAAGGACGGUUUUUCGGGCGACGUCGGGAGGCGUCGGGAGGAACAUGUUUGACCUGCCUGUGUAUACGAAUAUAUAAAAGUGGCCAGUUCGAAGAAGCCACCGAAAAGAGGAUCGAUGGUAAUAAUUGUUGUACGCAUACGUCACUCCGGAGCCGUUUUUUGCAGACACUAAAAAUCUGAUGCGUAAAGUUGCAGACAACCACUUCGGGCGCUUGAAAAGCUGCCUCGGAAAGUGUGUAAGCUUUAUCGAUGGAAAUUGUGUCAAGAAAAGCAAAUUACCCGCGCAACUGGAGAUGGAACAAAUGUCUGUGUUGCGGUACACUCACUGUGCAAAUCGGAGAUGAAUUCAACGUCAUGCACUGGUGGGCGAAAGGACUGAAGAACCUCAGAGUGAAAGAACACCCCAGUGACGAGGAAGACAUGCUCACCGUGUACGACUGGGCGCAGCGUUCAUCUGCUUGGGAGGCGUUUGGGGAACAACUGAGUAUGGAGAAUGCUCGGAAAGCGGGAUGCGACACUAAGCAGGUACAAAUCAUGAAAAAAGCGAUCAAACGAAAUUUCACGCUAAAAGAAGACGGCAGCGAGUUUGAACCGGAACUGAAGCUGCACGAAAGCCGCUCAGUAAAGACGGCUGCCUGGUUUGUGGGCACCGCCACCGAGUUCAGCGAGAGCUUUAAAGAUGAAAAGCGCUGGAACGCGGUUGUGGAGGAUCUAAAGAUUCAAGCAUCUCUUGUCGCCACCAAGGGCAAUAAAAAUUACCUAGUGCUUCGUGGUGAAGACGGAAAGGCCGUACAGCUGCCUGUGCCUGCGGACGGCGGUAUGGAUGUGGAUCAGGAUGCUGGUGUAGCUCUUCUUGGCGGACAGUACGUGCUCUAUAAUGCUGGGCACGGAAACAAAAAAAGAAUCACGAUCACCCCUCUGGAGGAGAUCAAAAUUGGUCGCGAGUUCCUUGAGAGUACGCCACAAGCAUCCUCAGCGGGAUUUCUGUCCCCUCCUGCAAUUGAUGUCAAACCAUGAGAAGAGAAGAUGAGUAGAUAGAUUCAAGGCCCUGGUGAGGCCGGAUUGUCUGCAGCAUUUUCGUGCGAGUUUACAUGUAGCCUGGGUGUGGCUCGUUGGUUCUUGUGGAAAUCCAAGCGAAAAUGCUUCCGUUUGUAUGUCCAGUGGCGAACACUACAAUUGAUUCUGAACCACUAGAAUACAGCUGAAUGAUUCAGCUACUUCUUGAAAUGCACUACUUGAAAUGUAGCUGCAAUCCGAAGAAAUGGCAAUGAGUAAUUAAUUUCCCCACGAUGAACAGGUGAUAAAGCCUUCCCACGUGGAGUAUAUUCCCACGUGGCAGCGAUGUUUGGAACGUCAUAAUUGUUUAUGUCUUGUUCCGCAUACAUUUCUAUCGAAUAUAUAUUUAUAAUUAUAUGGGCAAGGCUAAGGUUAACAGUAUAAAGUAGCUAGCGUCCUUUUUUCUCUGGUUGUGGGUUUAUUUGAUGAACCGGCUCCCCAUAGCGAAGAAACCUGCGCACGCAACCAGAGAACUGAGCACCCGCCAGCCCUUUGUCUAAAAGAAUCCACUCAACGAAGCUUUUUCUUUCAACAGAGAUAGCUGAGUAGAGUCGAGCCUUAGGAUGAUGGACUUCCUUCAUUGGUAUUAUCUGCGACUGUGUCCAUGAUACGAUAGCGGAUGCACCCGCUCCAGAAAU